AACAGGAUUUUUCCUGUUUUUCGAACUUUUUUUUUUUUUCCUGUUUUUCCGAGAUAAAUUCCUGUUUUUCGACCUUUUUUUUCUGUUUUUCCGAGAUAAAAUCCUGUUUUUCGAACUUUUUUUUUUUCUGUUUUUCCGAGAUAAAAUCCUGUUUUUCGAACUUUUUUUUUCUUCUGUUUUUCCGAGAUAAAAUCCUGUUUUUCGGAGUUAAAUUUUCUCCGGAAAAGGCGUUCCCUUAAUUCUUCCUGAAGCUCUCACACGCAUGGAUUAUGGUUGCUGCUGCAUCAGACCGACAGUGCUAAAUGAUUUCGAGUUCAACGGUGUCAAUACAGAACCAGCAAUGGCUACAUCCUCAAAUACACCCCAACCACAAGAUGAAGGUCUGAGGAAAUUUCUUCAGAGUCGGGGUAUUCCUGAGGAGAAUAUUCAGAAAAUGCUGCAGGAUCGUAUUGAUACCUCAGUAGUUGAAGAAAUUGAUGAUGACGCUUUGGCUGCCUACAUUCCAGCAUAUGGUGAUAGAAUUGCUACAAGGCGGUUCUGUAUGGAAAAAAAGACAACAGGUGGAGUUGAUUCAAAAAGACUGUCCAUGUUUGAAAAACUAAAAAGAAAAAUGUACACAAAAAGCAACAAAGACAGGCAUCAAGAUUCUGAGGAAGAGCAUUCUAACAUGCAUCUAAGAAAUAACAGAAGGGCCUCAAAGAUGACAAGAAAAAUAGAGAUAGGCUGGAUAAAUGAUAAGAGACAGGUGAGAAAACGCAAUGGUGGAGGAACCAGACUUCUUGAUAUUUCCAAGACAGCCACAAAGAAAGACAUUCUGUCACAUGCUAAGGGGCUAUUUUUCCCAAAUGAGAAAUCGAUACAUGGAAUGUGGGAAGAGUUUAGUCAUGAUAUUGUCGACUUUCAGGAAGCAAACCUUGAAGACAGUAUUAGUGUUAGAGAACUCUAUGAGGCACAGAAAUUUGGGGUGUUAAGAUUUUACCUUUUCACAGAGCAUCUGACCAAUAGAGAAGACAUCACAGAAAUGGGAGAGGGAGCUGAUAAACAGACCGACGCAGACAAACAACAAAAAAAGACAGCAGAGAAUGUUGAGCAGCUGACACAGAAAACACCAGACAGUAAACAGCAAUCACACACUGUGGAAGAAGAUGGGCAAAGUACCAACAAAAUGUCAGCGUUAGUCUCUACUGCAUCUGAGAUUAUCGAUCUUACAUCUUUGUACAAUACAUCGGAAGUCAUUUUUGGCACUAUGCAAGGUGACGCAUUUUUAGGUGUUUUCGAUGAUACAGUCCCAUUUGAGCCUAUCCUCCCAGUAGAAGACGCACAAAUAAACACUGACACAUUCACCUCAACUCCUAUUCAUUCUGAAACAGUUCCUGCUGCCUCACGAAGUCCUUCUUUUGAACUUUUGCAUGUGACUGUGAAACUUCACAGAGUAAAUCUCUUAGAAGAACUGAUUACUCAAUUCAAGGAUGAAAACAUGAUUAGCUACUCUGUGAAAUACAGCUUCAUUGAUGAAGUUGGUGCAGAUGUGGAUGGUGUGUCCAGGGACGUAUAUGCUGCAUUCUGGACAGAAUUUUUAGACUGUGGAGCAGAGGGUGCAGAUAUGAGGGUUCCAUCGCUGUCCCCAAAAUGGCAAGAAGAAGAAUGGAGAUCUCUUGGUAGAAUAAUGGUCAAGGGAUUGGAGGACCAUGGAUAUUUCCCUUUUCGGCUCGCUCAAGCCUUUACAGCAGCAGUCACAUUUGGUGAACAUUCGGUCUCACCUGAUUUACUGUUUGACUCCCUGAUGUUGUAUCUUAGUCAGUCUGAGCGUGAUCUCUUGUCUACUGCUUUGCAAGAGGCUCUAGUUGGUGAUGAUGAAGAUGAGUUCCUUGAUCUUAUGGAUCGCAUGGGAGUAAGAACAGUACCAACACAAGAAAACUUGAAGGCUGUGCUUCUUCAAGUGGCCCACAAGCAAAUAAUCCAGCAACCCAAAUAUGCACUAGAUAACAUUGCAGCAGUCGCAGGGCCAACUCUCAGGAAGUUUUUCCCCAGUGUGCUUGAAAUCCAUAAGAUGUAUGAUGAUCUUAGACCAACAACGCGAAAGGUGUUAAAGCUGAUCACAGCCUCUCCAAAUACAGCAUCAGAGAACCAAAGUUUGCGGUUUUUACAUCAGUACAUUAGGGGAUUGGAUGAAAUAGGCCUCCGGAAAAUAUUAAGAUUUAUGACUGGGUCUGAUGUCAUCUGCGUUAAGAAAAUUGAAGUCAUAUUCACCUCGUUGGAAGGGCUGGCACGGCGGCCAAUUGCACAUACUUGUGGCCCAACUUUAGAGCUGCCGUCAACUUACAACAGCUAUCCUGAGCUUCGCUCUGAAAUAGAGUCUAUACUGUCCAGUAACUCCUUCACAAUGGACAUUGCAUAGGAGUGCCUCUAUCACUCACUCACAUGUACACACUUUUCCCUUUCUUGUUAAAUUUUUGUACGGUUGUAGCCUUAUUGGAGCCGACAGUCAAGAUCCAAACAGUGUGAUUGUGAGACAGAGUUAAUGUGGGGAAGAUGUGGUAAUUAGUUCAGGAGCUGUAUUAUGAGCUCGGGGGGGGGGGGGGCUUUUUC